GAGUUUCUGCUGUUUUCCGCUUUAGGGAGGGGCUGUACACUGUUAAUGUGUGCUCUGAAGCCUCACAGCUGAGACGGACACGAGAUGUUGCAUGAUCACGUUGGAGUGUUGGCGUCAGCGAUAUAAAGGAUUUAAACACGAUACAUUUAGGCACCACUGGACUUUCUAAAAUCAUUUGGAGUUAAUCUGAGCCCAUGUUUUAGUGUCUACACACUGGACCCAACAGCCUGCAGGGCCACUACACAUUCAUUUGAUGAGUGGAGCAUUAUGAACAUUUUACAAUGUCAGAAGGUGUAUCCAGACUCGCUCCACUCUUAUCAACACAUGACAUCAAGCUGGUGUGUGCCCAGUGCUCUGUCAGAGAGAAAGAAAUCAGCUACACAUUAAAAUCAGUCCAGCACCAGUGUGGACGUAAUCUCCUGCUAUGCAGAGUCAGAGGUGGCAGCACAUGGAGACCUGUUGCUAGACGGCCUACGUUUCCUAACCCCAGUCAGUAUGUGGUUUGUAACUUCUUUGUGGAGAACUUUGGCUGCACUAAGCACAGGAACCGAUGCACCUUUGCCAGAAGUGAGGAGGAAGCUGCAGUGUGGAACUUUGUCAAACAGUAUAAAUUAGAUCAUUUGCUUCUAUGUAACCUUAUAGCCCAGUCUGAGAUAGGACCCGAUCAGGUUAACAGUGCAGAACCUCUAAGUGGCCUCUUAACUACACUUGAUUUGAAGGUUGUGUGUGAUCAAUGUGCCAUUAAAGACAAGGAAAUAACUUACAGAGUUGGAUUAGUUAGUCACACGUGCAGUAAAACUCUACUUUUAGCCAAAGCUAAAGCUUCUGAUGAAUGGAGGCCUGUCUCUGAGCGUCCUAUCAGUAGAGCAUUUGGUCCAAAUGUGCUUUAUCAAGUGUGUGACUUUUAUGUUGAGGGCUCUGGAUGUACACAACAUGGCCAAAGGUGCACAUACGCCAGAAGCACUGAAGAGGCUGUAGUAUGGAACUAUGGUAGAGACAACAAUCUAGAGCAAGAUGAGUUGUUACGUCUAGUGUGUCAGGCUGAGGCGAUUCUGUUGACGCCAGAAAGAGCUGCUAAAAACAUACUUAACGAGUUUUCAGGGGAAUUCAUAGAAUUUUGUAAAGACUGUUUUCAUGACAGCCCACAGAAAUUGACAACCAAAAGGUGGAAUGACACCUGUUCAGCAGAUGCAGCACACACGUGGGAUCCAGCCUUAGUUCACCACCUGUCAGAUAAAAGUGGAAAGCACAUCUACAGCGAGGUGCGUCCUCUUCCCCACAACUGUCAGCUUAAGUACUGCAGUCAUGUCAGGCAAGGCAAGCCCUGCUGGCACAAGCCUGGCCACUGCAAGUCAGCUCAGAGUGAGGUGGAAAUGGCCGUGUGGAAAGCGCAGCUCAGCGGCAUCGUCAUUCAACCGCAUCUGCUUCACGUGGGUCAGCAGGCACAGACCGAACACAGACAGGUCUCCAUGUACUGUAAAGUUUGCCUCCUGGUCCUGUCCUCCCCAGAGAGCUUCUACAAACACUGCUCCUCUUUAGAACAUGCACAGUUACUGUCUGAGGACACCACCACUAGGUGGAGAGGACGACGGCCUCCACACAACCACAGAGCACAAUUCUGGCUGUGCGAGAGACCAGCAACAUGUGAGUAUGGCGUAAAUUGCCCAAAGGCUCAUUCUGAGGAAGAGCUUCAGGAGUGGAUGAUGCGUGCUGAAGAGGAAGAGGAGAUCAGACACAACAUUGAAGCCCAGGGUCUCAUGUCCUACAAUGAAAGGCUCCUGGAUGAAUAUAAAAACAGUAGCAAUGAAGUGCACAUUAUAUCUGAACAAGUCGAUGAUGUCAAAAUCUCCUGUGAUGAAGAUUUAACGCAGAAAUGUGAACAAAUCAAUGCAACACUGAAAUGGAACUUCAAUGUUGAAACAGAGAGAAAACUUCUGCAUGUGGCGCUGCUGAAGCAAGAACCAGGAGGUUCCUUCACACUUGAUGAUACCACUUUGGCACCAUGCAUCUAUUGCCCUGGAGAAAGAUUGAAUAGUGAAGACAUGUCCUAUAACAUCACAGUGUCUUUUACGUCCAUCAACCCAGGCCGUUAUGAGCAGUGGUUGGUGCUGGACUUUGACAUGAGACCAGUUCUCUUGAGGAAGCUCAGAGCACAAGUUGGCAAAAUAGAAUCAGAUGACAUCGAGCAACCAGAAGUGAACAGUGGAGCCGCCUUUCAAAGUGCUGAGCGUUGGCAUCGGGGGAACAGAGUUAUUGUUCCAUUUUUGUCCAGGACCGAAGAACAAGAUAAGCUGUUGAAGGAGUACAAGCCUCCUCAGUUGAACUUUUCAUACAAGUUCUCCCACAACUUCCAAAAACCUUUGAAUAAAGAAAACUACAAAGAGAGAAUGCACCACUUCCUGUACAAUGAGGAAAAGGCUGAGGACCAGGUUAUUUCCAGACUAAAUGUUUGUGGAGAAAUCAAAACACUCACUAAAAUGUACAGCACAGAGUGUGGAAUGACAAUUGCUCCUCAGGGUCAAUUAUUCUGCACUGUCUCAAUUCGUUGCGACCUCACGCCAGACACCCCUGAGGGACAGGUACUAAAACGUAGCAUCCAGUCUGCCCUGAUAGCUCCUGUAUCAUCUCAUGAUCAUAACCCCAAGGUUUAUGAAGCCAUCAUUCUUCAAGACCAAACAAGAGAAAAUGAAAUUUAUUUGAAGCUGUCUAAACAAUGUUGCUCUGAUCUUAAACUGAAAAGCGAUGAAUUGUAUCAGAUGGAAAUCCAGUUUCAGCAGAACCGCUCCAGCUUCUGCACCAUGCAUAAGGCUGUAGACCUGCUUCCUGAUACAAGCAGGGUGCUCCCAGACUUCAAGAACUGUACCGUCCCUGUGAAUAACAACUCCUAUGAGAAGCUCAAUCUGAAGCAGCAGUCAGCAGUUCAUUUUAUCACAGGGAGUUCCACUGGAAAAGGAUCUGUAGCACCACUCCUCAUUUAUGGACCCUUUGGAACUGGAAAAACAUUCACUCUUGCUACAGCAGCCAGAGAGCUGUGUAAGCAGCCUCACAAUAAAGUGCUCAUUUGCACCCACACCAACAGUUCUGCAGAUCUGUAUAUCAAAGAUCACUUCCACCCAUUCAUCGAAAAGAAAAACAAUGACAUUAAGCCAAUUCGAAUAAAAGCAAACAAACAAGGGGGUGCUUUGUUGGCCACAGAUGAUAUUACACUGAAAUAUUGUUUUCUGUCAGAAGAUAGGACAUAUUUUCUACUACCUACAAAAGCCACCCUAGACUGCCACAAAGUAGUUGUAACGACCACAACAAUGGCAAAACAUUUUCAUGACCUCCAGCUUCCAGAGGGAUACUUCACUCAUAUUCUAAUUGAUGAAGCCUCUCAGAUGCUGGAAUGUGAAGCUUUGAUGGCGCUUGGACUUUCUGGGCCAAACACUAGAGUUGUUUUAGCUGGAGAUCACAUGCAAAUGGGGCCAAAGCUUUUCUCAGUAGAUGAUCAUCAUCGUUCAAACCACACACUGCUCAAUCGCUUGUUCCACUACUAUCAAGAAGAAAAGUGCGAGGCUGCCCAAAACAGUAGAAUAAUUUUCAGUGAAAACUAUCGUUCAACCAAAGAAAUUGUGGAGUUUGUGUCCACUCAUUUCUAUGUUGGUAAAAAUGAUGUUAUCAAAGCAAGUGGAAAUGUUCCAGCUCCUGCAAAUGGCCAUGCACUUAAGAUGUUCCAUGUGAGAGGAGAGUGUGUUUUGGAACCUUUCUCCAUGUCAUGGUUUAACAAAGAAGUCGUCGAGAAUGUGUUGAAAGCAGUGAAAGAAAUCAUCGACCACUGGCCGUCAGCCUGGGGCUACAGAGACCAAAGCUCCAUCUGUGUCUUGUCAGAGGGAUGCCAGACUUGGAUAAUUAGGAACAUGCUUUCAAGGCAAAGCCUGAGAAAAGUCCAUGUUGAGAAUCUUGCAAAUGUACAAGGAAAACAGUUCAGGGCAGUCAUAAUAGCAGUUGUACAAACACGUGACAGCCUAAAAACGUCAGACCUUUCUGGUCUGGAGCUGUUUAAUGAUGCCCGUGUGCUAAACACUGCAAUGACCAGGGCUCAGUCCCAGGUGGUCGUAGUUGGAGAUGCUGUUGCCCUCAGUUGCUUUGGGAACUGUUCUGAAAUCUGGAAGAGCUACAUAGACCACUGCAUCAGAAACAAUAGUGUUGCACCACAGCAUUUCACCAAAGAUUACUUUGAAAAAGAUGUGAUGGAAACCUCUAGGUUCCAAAAGACUAACCACAUGAAGGAGAGCAACACUUCCAGUGACGCAAUACUUCAAGAGCUGAAAGAGGAAUUUGAGCAACUAGAGGCAGAAGAUAACUCUUUUGAAAAAAGUUUGGAAUUUGAAAACUCUAACCAUCAUAAGUCAAGAUCCAUCUGUACGGUUGACUCUCAGGUUGUGGAAUUAUGUAAAAAACAACCAGAGAUGUUCAUGCAAGGAACGCUGUUCAGGGAGUCCUACAACAAAGGCUAUGUCAUACCAUUCAAUAACUUCAGCAGACGAAUUUACAUUAAUGGAAGGGAAAACCUGGGCAGAGCCUUCAGUGGAGAUGAAGUAAUCCUGCAAAAAACAAAGGUGGUCAGUGUCACCAAAGAAGCAGAAUCAGCCCGUGUACUCAUUUGCCGGCUUGAGGAUGAGGAUCACAGCAAACCAAGACAUUCAGAAGACCAAUUUGUAAGAAGGACGAUGAUACCCACCACAAAAACAGCACCUAAUGUACGCAUACUGGUCAAAAAGAACAGACGUAACUUCAUUCCAAUAUGGGAGCAAAGUUAUGGAUAUUGGAGUGUUUCAGCAUUUGAGCGUAUUAAUGAAAAGCUCAGACAGAACUAUGUAUUUGUGGUGCAAGUGAUUGGAUGGAAAGAACAUUGUUAUCUUCCACUGGGGAAAGUCACAAAUAUCCUUUCAGUCAGAUGCCCUUCAGAUGCUCUACGUGUCUUGAGUGUAGAAUUCAAAAUUGCACCCAACACAUCUAAACCAGAGGAGGGUUUGUCAAGGGUGGAUGAAGAUGAGAUGCACAGACAAAAGAUGAUUGAUGAUUUAUUUACCUUCACGGUUGAUCCAGUGGGAGCAAAAGACUUGGAUGACGCCAUCAGUGUCAGGGAAAAUAAAGAUCACUAUGAGUUGGGAAUCCAUAUUGCAGAUGUGGCGAGCUUUGUGAGCCGAGGUAGUGCUGUGGAUGAGCAUGCGAAACAACAAGGGGCAACAUUUUACUGCAGGGGGGAAAAGCCCUUUUAUAUGUUCCGUGAAAACUUGAGCACUAGUCGCUUCAGUCUUCUGCAAAACGAAGAACGCAGGGUGGUUUCAUUGAUGAUGAAAGUAAACAAGCAGACCAAUGAGAUCAUUGGGGAUCCUAAAUUUCAGCUCUCAAUGAUUGAAUCUAAAAAGCAGUUGUCCUAUAAAGAGGCAGAAGACAUCAUUUGUAAAAGCAAUAGAGAAUCUACCGACAUACCACCCAACACAUCUAACCCAGAGGAGGGCUUGUCAAGGGUAGAUGAAGAAGAGAUGCACAGACAGAAGUGUGUCAAAUUGGCGUACAAUUUCGCUAAAACCCAACGAAAAAACAGACAACCUAAAGAUUGGGCUUAUUCUCAGCCUGAUUCUGAUAGAGUGCCUGGGAAUAGAAAAGCCCAUUUAAUGAUUGAAGAGCUCAGUGUACUGUUCAACACACAAGUAGCAAAGACUUUGACUCACCCGAGAGAGCCAACAGAGUAUUGUACACCCCUCCGCUGUCAGGAAGGACCACAGACUGCAAAGGUCGAAGAAUUCAAAGAGCAAUGCAGAGAAUUCAUACCAGUUUCUUUCUAUGUGCGACAUAGAUUUAACCAUGAUGGUCAAAAGAAUGAUGGGAAAGUCCCAAACUCUGAAAACUUCCAAAUACUCUCAGAAGUGUGGAAAGAUAUAAAGUCAGCAGCCAAAGAAAAUGACAUGGACAAAUUAGUCGACCUGAUUGCUGCAGACGACAUCUACCCUCUGCUACAGCCAGUCACUGAUCAGUUCAGGCAAUGCCUAAGUAAAGCGUAUGUCAUCUGUUCCAAAUCGUCUCCCAAAGCAGAUGUGGGGCAUUAUUCUCUGAAUGUCAACUGUUAUACACAAGCAAGUUCCCCCAUCCGUCGGUACAUGGACCUCAUCGUGCAAAGACUUCUGCACUCUGCCAUAUGUAACAAGCCUGUCCUGUACAGUAGGGCAGAGAUUAAGACAUUGUGUGGGCAAUUUGAGCGCAACCUCAAGGAUGCAAAGGAAUAUGAACAAAAGGCUGAGCAGAUCUCUUGUGCAAUGAGAAUGAAAAAGCAAAGUGCUUCCAAGGUGGUAUUUGUACUUAGUGCAGAACAAGAAAGAGAGAGUUUCACUGUGUCCUUUCCCUUUAAGAACAUAUUUGCAGAAAGAUUAUCAAUUAUGUACAAGGAUUUACAGUUGGAGGACCAACCACAGUAUGAUAAAACAAAUCAGUGCAUUAUCCUCUGGUGGAAAAGGCGGAUUUACUCACCUGGCACCACAGACAUUCACCAAGAAAUUAAACUAAUACAAGACUCUGGACCCUGCGUUGAGCUUCCCAUGAAAAUAUGGAAGGACAUUAUUGGAGCAGUUGAUAAAGAAAACUGGACUCAUGCAAAGGAUCUAAUAAUUAAAAAUAAUCCAGAACAAGUAAAAAAAAAAGGAAGCCAGGAGCAAGAUUCUCUUCAUUUAUUGGCUAACACAAGUUUAUGUGAGAAGAAACUGAUGCCAGAUGUCCAUAAGGAGCAUGAAGUUGACAUCUCCCUGCAGCUGCGGGCAGGCGACACCCUUCUAAUCCAACUGACAUCAGAGAUUAAUAGAUGUGUCCACAUGCCUGCUGUUCAGUUGGUGCACAUCACACCCAAGUUUGAGAUUUGUGUGGACCACGUCCACAACCCUAUCACAUGCUUCUCCCAGUCUGCAGAUGAACCAUCAAGGUUUUAUUAUAAGGACACAGACGAGUAUGUACGGAUCUGGAAACCACUGUGCGAAAUGGAAUCCGCUGCAACUGCAGUGGACGAAAGUGAUAGCAUCCUCAUUGAGAACCUGGUGGUUAAGUUUAGGCAAGAACAGGAAGCUGAACUAACAGGAAGCUUCUUCUUAUUACAGUCAUGGAUUAAGGAAUGGGCCAUUGAGUGUAACCUAUCAAAAUGCCUACUGUGCAUACGAAAAAGAGGUCUGAAGAUGGAUCGUGCGCCUGAACACUCUGCUGUGGUGGACCAAAACGAGUUCACAUGGGUUGCUCAUGGUGUUACGCGGAAAACAGAUGAACAGAAAAAUCCACCAAAUGCAGGAAUUAAAGUGGAAUUUUACAUAAAUCAUCUUCCAAUGGAGACCAUUCCUAAGUGCGUCUUUCAGAAAGACACAGACUUCACUGUUGAAAUAAUCCCAAAGCUUUUGCCUGACAUCCGGAAAGAAACUGCUGUGGUCUCGAUUACAUCUGCCUGUGAACUAGUGAGGAAAAUAGCACUUGGAAGUCGAAUCCCAAAACAGAUACAAGCUGUAUGGAAUGUUGUCAGGAAACAGCUACCAAAUGUGCUACCAGACCUUAACCAAAGUCAGCAACGUGCUGUGGAUAAAGCUCUGAAUGAUACUUUCACACUUAUUCAGGGGCCACCUGGAACAGGAAAGACCAUAGUUGGUGUGUACAUAGUCUACUGUUUCCUUGAACUCAACUUAAAAAACCAAAGGAAGUGUGUUGGCCCAAUAGGUGAAAACAAGAAGGAAGUGAUUCUCUACUGUGGCCCAUCCAACAAGUCUGUAGAUGUUGUUGCAGAGUACCUGUUGAAGUUUGGUGACCUCAUAAAGCCUCUUAGAGUCUACAGCCAACAGGUUGAGAUGCUUGAUUAUCCUUAUCCAGACUGUACUCUUCAGUUUUCCCAAAGGACAUUGCGUUUAGAUCGUUCCAAACCAGAACUCAGGAGUAUUACUCUGCAUCACCGCAUACGACUGGACCACAAUCCUCACUCAAGUCAAAUAAAGGAGUUUGACCACCGCAUAAAGCUUGCCCUGGAAAAACAAGCAAAGGAGCUGACUGAUGAAGAGGUGAAAACAUACAAAAGACUUCUGAGAAAUGCUCGAGAAUAUGAGAUGAAACUGCAUGACAUCAUACUGUGCACAUGCACAACAUCUUCCACUCCAAGCUUGGUCAACACAGUCAGUGCACGUCAGAUUCUCAUUGAUGAAUGUGCAAUGGCCACUGAACCCCAGGCUCUGAUUCCAUUAGUCUGCAACAAACCAGAAAAGGUUGUUUUGAUUGGAGACCACAAACAAUUAAGACCUAUUGUGAAGAAUAUGCAUGUGAGGAAGCUGGGAAUGGCCAGGUCUCUGUUUGAACGUUACAUUACAAUCCAUGAGCAGAGAGCAGUGAUGCUGGACACCCAGUACAGAAUGCAUGAAGAUAUAUGCAGGUUCCCAUCAGAUGAAUUUUAUGAGGGAAAACUGAUGACUGCAGUGGAGCAGCCGAAUAGUGUCCUGCAUGUUAAAGGAAGAACCAUGCCAAUUGUCUUUGGGGACCUAAAAGGAAAAACCAUCAGCCUGGUUGUUAACACACCCAAGGGCAACGAGAACUCGAAAGCAAAUAAGGAAGAAAGAAACACAGUGAUUGACAUUGCAGAAAAGCUGGUGAAGACUGCCAAGGUUGAACAGCAAAGCAUUGUGAUUCUGUCUCCUUAUAAUGCCCAAGUAUCGGAAAUUAGAGAUGAGCUGAAGCAGAAGAAAAUGGAUAAAGUCACUGUCACUACAAUCACUAAAAGUCAAGGAAGUGAAUGGCGUUACGUCAUCAUAUCUACAGUGUGCUCCCUGUCAAGUGAGGAGAUUAUGAGUGAACCAGACAGAGCGUGGUUGUCCAAACAUCUGGGCUUCGUAGGUGAUCCAAACCAGAUAAAUGUGGGCAUCACCAGGGCCAAAGAGGGACUGUGCAUCAUUGGGGACCAAGAGUUGCUCAGUUGCAGUCAUACUUGGAAGAACCUCCUGGACCACUACAGGCGUCACAAUGCAGUGACAAACGCAAAUGAGAUCUCAGUGUUUUGAGUCACACGAUCUAUUUCCUUUGCUUCACAGGUGAUUUUUACAAAUGACAGAUCAGAGACACUGAUCUGAUGCCUGUUUUACGUUUUUAUAUGACAUGUAUGAUAACUAGUUUGUGUGCUUUCUAAAGCUGCAUUUUGACUGUUAUUUUUAAUGUGCUACUUCUAUAUUCUUAAGUUUUAUAUGAAAAUAACUGAGAGUUUUAAAUCUUGUAUUUUUAUUAAAUUAGCUUUUAAAACCACUACUUAGGUCCCAAAUUGGUUUCCCAUGUUUGACAGUACCUUCUUGUAUGUUUAUUGAUGAAUCAUUCAGCACUUGCCUGCCAGUUAGGCUUUUUAUGUUUGACCAUUCAAAAAAUUUUGUUUUUUUUAAUUAAUAGUGAUAAAUAUUGAUGUUGUGUACCUACAGUAAGAUUUGCAGGUUUAUUAUAUGUUUUGUGUUGUGUAAAACAACAUUCAAUUCAAUGUUCUCACGAUAAAUGAUUUUAUUAACUGUGUAGCAGUCUACAAAUGAAACAGUAAAACUAAAUUAUUUGUAUAACUAAAUUAUUUCAUAGAGUUUGUAUGUUUUUCCUGUGUUCGUGUGGGUUCUCUCCGGGUUCUCCAGCUUCCUCCCUUUGUCUGUCUGUGUUGCCCUGCGAUGGACUGGCUACCUGUCCAUGGUGUACGCCUGUAGAUGGCUGGGAUAGGCUCCAGCACCCCCGCGACCCCGCAUGGGACCAAGCGAUAGAAAAUAGAUGGAUGAAUGGAAAUUAUUUCAUGUUAUUUUGUUUGUUUUUGUGGGAUUUAGUGUAGACAUACAUGUUGUAUUAAAGUUGUUUGUCUCCUCUAGGUGAGAUUGUUAGGAAGCAUUCUAUUCAUUUUCAUUGUUAUUGUGUGCAGAUGAUACUCAGCUAUAUAUGUCCUUGGAACCAAAUGAAACAGAUCAACUAGUCAAAAUUCAGGGUUGUUUAAAAGACAUCAAAUCCUGGAUGUCUCAAAACUUCCUUCAAAUUCUUAUUGUUGGGCCUAAAAAUCUGAGAGAGACACUAUUGAGUCAGAUGGCCACCCUGGAUGGCAUAACAUUAGCUUCAGAUUCUACUGUGAGGAACCUUGGUGUCAUCUUUGACCAGGAUCACUCUUUUAUAUCAUACAUUAAACAAAUCUCCAGAACCACCUACUUUCAUCUCAGAAAUAUAGCUAAAAUCAGAAGCAUCCUCUCUCAGAGUGAUCAGAGUGAGAAACUGAUCCAUGCAUUUGUUACCUCUAGGCUGGACUACUGUAACUGCUUACUCAUAGGAUGUCCUAACAGCUCUUUAAAAAGCCUACAGCUUAUUCAAAAUGCUGCAGCCAAAGUUCUGACAGGACUUAGAAAGAGAGAUCACAUUUCUCCUACAUUAGCUUCUCUGCACUGACUGCCUGUAAAAUGUAGGAUAGAAUUUAAAAUUCUCCUACUCACCUACAAAGUUCUUAAUGAUAAAGCUCCUUCUUAUCUUACAGUUCCUUAUGCUCCCAGCAGAACACUUUGUUCUCAGAGCGCUGAGAUACUGAGAUACAGAGAUACUCAACUAAACAGAAAGCAAUUCCAUUCACUGCUUUGGAUUCCAUUAAAUUCCAUUCAAUUUCCAUUUUUAACACAGUUGCCACCUGCAGAACCUGUUUCAGUGAUAAACAAUCAUUAUGGACUAGAAAAUGUGUAAACACAAACAUCUUCCAUUUUAAAUAGGUCAGUGUAUUGUAUAGUAUAGCAACAUCAGUACACUCAAUGUAAGGUCAUAAUCCAGUGUUGACAAAUAAUAAAAUAAAAAUAACAUAAAUCAU